AUGCUUACAGGCAGGAACACUCUUCCUGAUUUUGAUUCUGUUUCACUGCCCUUCAAAGAUGCUCUAAAUGAACUGUUUGACGAGAAUUCGGCACGUAAUGGACAAUUUGAAGAGUCAUUUAAACUGCCUUUAGUGGAUCAAGCAUACUACUACGAGUUGAUCAAAAGUGUUACGCAAAGCAAGAUUUACGUUUCGACUGCGUUCAGAGACGAUGAGAGCGAAAAAGACUCAUCACGAAAACGGGCCAAGUGCUACCGAUUGCUUAGCCAGGAAGAAGUUGUAGCAAAAAUCUGGGGAAUGAUUGUAGACCGUGUCGAUGAAAGUGCUGACCAUGUUAUUUCGGAGUUCAUCGAAAGUCUGGCGUUAGAAAGUGAUUUCGAAGCCGGAUUUGUCCAUCUUUGGCCAAAAUGCUGUAUGGGCGCUUUUGAACGUCAGAAACACCUUGUUUCGGAAGCAUUUGGCGCCUUGACUGGUACUUUUCCAUUCAUUUUAGAUAAAAUUCCAGGUGUACAGACCAUAGUCGAUUUUGCAGACUAUCGCUUAGCCGAAGCAGGGCUGUCUGUUUUAGGAAAAAAAACGGAUCGGAUGGUUGUAGAGCUUUUUCGGAUUCUUAGAGUGGAAUUGAACGUUUUGUCCAAAUCUGACGGCUCGGAAGACGACAAUCAGGCCCGAACCAACUGUCUCAAGACGCUGUUGCGAAUAAUGAGCAGAUGCCGUCUUACCGUUUUAAAGGAACAGAAGCUAUCUUUGAAGAAGCUUUAUCUCAGUAGUCUCGAAAAUAUGCUGGAUCAUGUCGAGAUUGCCGUCAAUCAAGAUUAUCUCAAGAACGUUAAACUUGUGAUGAUCAGAGAGUACAAGAUCUUCUCUUGCAUUUCUCGAAAUCUCGCGGUAGAAGUGAAGAAAACAAUAGCGAACCAUUUGAUCUUCAGUGAAAAACGCCUAAGAGAUCUCUUCGAUCUUUAUGCUCUUAACUUGGGACUCAAAGAAGAGUUCGAGUUUCUGAAGCUUGCGCAUGAAACUGGCGCCAGACGCCGAGAGUUUUAUGAAGUCUUAGCCUCGCAGGUUUCUAGCAGAUUCAAAUUUUCUUUUCAGAAAUAUCGGAGCGCGGAUCGGAUUCUUGCCUUUUGUGAGUCUCUUUAUGCGUUGGAAGAUCCGGCCUGCCAUAAAUUCAUCAAAGAUGGUCUCAAGGAAACUUUUGAUGGUGAGCUGAAGAUUCUUGAACCACUUUUAAAGAGUUUGAAUGUCAUAAUUAAGCACUGCUACGACUCUCUGAGGAUUGGCGAUCAUGAUGCGAAGUUGUUUGCAGAAGGGCAACGUCAAAAACUAAGGGCUCUAUUCACAAUUCUUCGUGACUUCGAUCUGUCUGAACCAUUUUUCAAGCUGUUCCUCGAGAAGAGCUUUUUCAGAAGAGUGUUAUUAAUGGGACAAGAAUUUCUGAGCUUUGCUGCGCAUCCGUACAAUCUAGAGAAAACGGUGCUGGACGAGUUUGAUUCUGUGGCUGCUCUCAACGGUAUAUUCCCACAAGUAUCGAAGUUGCGUGACGAUCUCGAGCGCACGAACUCGCUUCGUAAAGGUUUCGAAAGGAUACGACGGGAUGGAGUUGAACUAAUACCCAUGGUCUUUGAAAGGAAGAAUGUGCCUUCGUCCUUCCAACAACUACCGAACCAUGACAUUGAUCUACCACCAACUUUGAGACAGCAGUGGAGUCGUUUUCACAACUUCUACUUGAAAAGCGACUCGAAAUCUGGACUGAAGCCUCUUACUUUACAAAACUCGCUGCAUCACCUAGAAGUACAGACAGAUUUUCUGCUAGAGGACAAUUCAUUUCUUGUUUUGCAGCUUACCUUAUUACAAGCUAGUGUUUUGGAGAUCCUUAACUCUCGAGCUGAGGUAUCGAUUGCUUUGCUCGAGUCACUGCUGAGUGUACCAGCACAUCAAGUGGAUCUCACAUUGCAGUCCUUCGUUGACGCGGGCUUGUUAAAAGAAUUACUCGGGUCAUACAGUGUCAACGAAGAAUUUAGUGCCGAUCCAAAGAAGGUGAAAAAUGGGCGCCUGAAGAUUGUUCACCGCACUGUACCAAAAUCUCAUGAAACGAGAAUAGAUAUUGCUGCACCAGAACCAAACAAUGCAGAAUGGGUGAGAGAUGUGCUGCGCGCGAGUAUUGUACGAUCUUUGAAAGGAUGUGACGGUGGCAUGUCUUUCGAUGAGCUCGUACGGUCGGUUGAAAGAAUUAGAUCAGGAUUCAGUUUAGGAGAGUUCAAAUCUGCGCUCACAGAAAGCCGGGAGUUAUAUACCCUUCAAAACAAUUUGUAUUACUAUAGAUCAUGA